AGCGUAUGAAUGUCACUCGACUAAUUACAUUCUGUUUGGAACUCGAGUUCAAUAUAUAAAAAAGUGCUAUAGCUCAAGAUUUAUUGUGCACUGUUUUUGUGUACUUUAAUUUGUGCACAAAUUAAACACGGUUGUGUUACGGAUUUUCAACACCAUUCAUGACGAGAUUAAUAGUGUACACAUUACUUCUUAGCAGAAAACACGUUUUGGUCUUAUAUGUGCUACUUUAAAAAGAAAGUUUUCAUGAAUGGUGUUUAAACAAACUCAUUGUUAGAGACAAUUUAACUGAAAUGGGAUCAUUUAUAAGAGAUAAUUGAAAUUAGCAUAUCUUUUAUAUGUCAUAACAAUAUCCUAAGUGGACUUUGAACUAUUUUAGUAUACCUUUGUCUUUAAGAUGCACUGUUACUCCCAAAUAAGCAGUACCACAAUUAAUACUUCUUGUAUACCGAACACGAUGAAUAUAUAUCGAAAACAAUUGUUCACAUGAAAGAAACCGUGUUUAAUUAAAGAGAAAGGUGCAGAAAAUACGGUAUUUCUACCUUCUGAGAAGACAGUUGAUCACGGCCUCAAUGACACUGGUGAUUGUAUGGGGUUUGUCGAUCGCUACUUCGGUUGUCUUCGCACAAGAGGGAAUCUGCAAAUUACAAGAAUAUCCGCGCCCCGCAGACUACACAGGAGACAAAUAUGAAACUGAAGUUUUCCAAACAAACAACAACAUCACUUUUUGCGACCAACAAGCCUGUCGUGGUAUAAGCAAUGAAGAGCUAAACGCAUGCAAUGACGGUUCCUUCCCGAGUUUUGACGAGUACCUUCGCCUUCUAAAGUAUACAUUAAAGUCAAAGUCGGACUGUAAACUUACCGGUGAUCCGGAUGCCUGCCAGGCUGUUGACGCAAACGGAAAUCCAGCUCAUGAUGGGGACAAAUGCUGCAGAACGUACUUUGGCGUCGUUCCUCCCGGUUCUACAAACCGUUUUCGUCGAAAUGCGCUUGGAAACUGGUGUUUUAUCACACAGACGUUUUCUAUUGGAGAAUGUAGAGAUUCAUCUCAAGGACGAUGCAGAGUUUGCCAAAACCAGACAUCACUACAAUACUUGGACGCUUAUUGUGGAAAUGUAACCUCAUCAUUCUUCUUUUUUGAAAUUAAUACAUACUGCUCUUGUCAAAAAACGGAUAAAGAAUUAUUGAACGGCGAAAAUUAUUUUGGACCCCAAUAAUAUGGCAGUUAUGACUAUUACCAUUGCUUGUGUUAGUAUUCUAAGUAGCCUGAUUUGAACGUUAUACUUGGCUUUGUCAUGUGCCAUCUGUAUGGCCACACGCAUUAUAUGCAUACAAAUAAUGAAUGUAAACAUUGCAUAUUGACAUACAAAAAAAGUAAAUAAAUAAGAAAAAUAAUGUAGUAUAAUAAUAUAAAUAUUAUUGUUUUUUAUCUACUGAUGAAGUGUUUAUGAUAUUUUAUAUAAUUCGAUAAACAGUUAAAGAUCUUUACACAUUCUUAGAAAGCCGACCAAGUAUUGGCGCAAUAUAAGAUGUUUGUUUAUGCGUUACAUAAUUGAUCAAUUAUCGUUUCUAUGUUUAAGAGAUUCUUAUAUGAUAGUAUAUAAAUAUCAUAUGGCAGCAUGUUUGACAUUGAUAUUGUUAACCGAGAGCAGACGCCGAGGGUGACAUUCUGAUUUGAGGGUUGACAAUAUAAAUGUCACACAUACUGCCAGAUGAUAUUUAUUUUAUUAUUAUACCGAACAAAAUAAACAACAAACAAUGAUUAAAAUGUUUUUAAUUCAUUUAAUUCAACAAGUUUAACAAGGUAAACAAAAUAUAACAUAUAAAAAUAAUUAUAUCUAGAACAAAAUUCCACUGUUUACUUGCUGACAGUUCUUAUUGUCUGAGAUUUAGCGUAGAUAUUGAAUAGUGACGUCACUGCUGUAUGUGUAUAGGAGGCAUCACGUCAUGAUAUAGCUGAAAUAUUGAACCAGUUAUUUGCCCUUAUAUGACAUUCGUUAUAUCACUGCGGUCACAUGACAUGACAGUGAAUUUUCGCUUGGUCAAGUGUCUAAAAGAUUGAAAAUGUUUCUGAUAAUCAAAAUAUCUCUUUUUCGGGUAAUGGGAUUUUACCAUUGUAGACAAAAGUAAGGUAUAAUAAUGCUUUAUGCUUUUAGUACAUACAGUAUUUUUAUUUUUAGAUUACGUAGUUUUAUAAAGAAGUGAUAUUCAUAUUCUCAAUACCGAGAAUAACAAAAACUACAAUAACGUAUAUUUCUAGUAAUAUUAUUAGAUGCAUAUAUACCAUUCUGGAUUUUUAUAUUAUGAUACUGUUAAUCUAGUAACGUAACAUCAUCAGUCAGUUUGUAGAACAUCCAAGUAUGGUUCAUACCUUUUGAACUAUUUUGUAGAAAAUGUAUAGUAACUGUUGUGUUAUUAGAAAUCGCCACAGUGUGAAUGCGGGUUUGUAGGACCACACUUCAUUGUCUCAAAGUCAAAUACCAUGUCUUGUAAAGAUUCAGUAUUAAGCAAGCAUCACACAUAUCUGUAUAUACAUGUUUAGCGCUUUAAAAAGUUUUCGUAACAAUAUUUUAACAAAGUAAGAGCAGAAGGCAUGUACUUUCAAAUUCAGAUAUGCUACAAUAAUAGGAUUUGUUUUUAGUGUCCACUUAGUUGGCACCUUUUACACAACAAUAAAAUGUGCCCUUUUGUGAUUUCUUCUAUUGUAGAAUGAUUUAAAGUAGCAGGAACUUUUUUUAAACCGUUUGAGAAACAUUUAAACAUUGCCAUGCUUCAAUUUUGCUUGUUUGGGUGAAGCUCAUGUUUCUUGUAUAAUUGUUUGUAUUUGAACAAAGAAUUAAGGAGCAUAAGCUUCACCCAACAAGCCAAAAUUGAAGCAAGUAAUUUGAAAUAUAACUUUUUCUGCUUUCAGGGACUGAAUCUCCUAAAUAAAGUGUAUUUCAGGGGUAGAUGAAUGAGUUAUUGGACAAUAGGGUCACACAUCGAACAAAAUUUAUUUCGUGUUGAAUAAGAAAAUAGUUAUGGAUUCAAUAAUAAAACUUCAUCAAUUGUUCGAAAUAGAGCUUUGUUGUC